UAAAAAAGAAUAAAAAAGAGGAACGGAGAGAAGCCAGAGAGGAGCGAGCGAGAGCUUCGAGAGGAGGAGGGAGAAAAACAGAUAGAACGGAUGUACUGUUUUCUGAUGAAUGAAACGAACUCCGCUGGCUGCUAGCUACGAGAGCUGUGUACUGUACUGUGCCGUAGCCCCUCCGAUGAUACCACCACCACCGCCACCGUCGUCGUCGUCGCCACAGCCACUACUACUACUACUACCACACCGCUGUAGCUCACACAUGUAUUAGCAGUAGCAUAUAGCAGCAGCGCCGAUCGCCGCCGCCGCCGCAGCUUCGAGUGUGUGUAAGGUGCCAACAACGACGCGCAUCUCCUCCUCUCUCUACUACUAUAAGCCGGCGAUACUAUACUCCUCUAUACCGCGCCAAUGUUCACAGUCGCAGGUGCGUCCGGCUCCGAGUAACGUCGACCUGCUGUGGUGUGUUGUCGUCGCGCGUCGCCCACCCCCCCUUCGCUCAGAAACAACAACAACAACAACAACAACAACAACAACAGCACUUGGAUAUACGUCGAAACAACAACAACAACAACUACAAGUGCCAGAUAAUAUAGAUAUAUAAAAUUGCAGCUGUUGUUGUCGUGCAUACAUAGUGUUGUUUUUUUUGUGAGAGUGGAGUGUGUUGUGUGCCGUGCUUAGAUAAUUCUCGUGUGUGUUUAUAAUAUAUAUAAAGUGUCGCUCAGUGCUCAAACGUAAAGAAAAAAUAUGGCCCUGAACCAGGAGAGCGGCGGCGUCGGUGGCGUGGUCAAGGACGAGGGCUCGGGCAAGGCCCUCGUGCACGUCGACCGCAACAGCGAGUCCGAUCUGCAGGCGCUGUUCGACACCGUCCUCAAGCCCAACUCGAACCAGCCGCUCACCGUCCCCCUGCGCAUGCGCAAACUGCCCGACUCCUUCUUCAAUCCGCCCUCGACGGGCAGCAAGUCGCCCUCGAUAUCGCACUCGCGCGAGAACUCGGCCGACUCGGCCUUCGGCGUGGUCAAUGCCGCCGCAGCCGUGGCCGCCGCAGCCGCAGCCGCUGCGGCUCAACAGAAUAACGGUGGAGGCGGUGGUCCGGGCUCCACGGGGCCCAACAGUCCCGCCAACGGACCGGCCCAGAUACCGGCGGGCCUCGUCGUGGCCCAUCCGCGGGCCCACAGCUCGCCGGCCUCGCUGCAGCAGACCUACGCCUCGGCUCAGCAGCAGGCCCAGCACGCGGCGCCCCAGCCCCAGUCGGUGCGACACGUGCACCACCAGAAGCAGCGCAGCUACGACGUGAUCAGCACCGGCGUCGACGACUUGGGCCCGCUGCCCCACGGCUGGGAGCAGGCGAGGACGCCCGAGGGACAGAUCUACUUUCUCAAUCACGUGACGAGAACCACGACCUGGGAGGAUCCGCGCAAGACCGCCGCGGCGGCCAACGUGGCGGCUGUCGCUGCGGCGGCCGUCGAGUCGGCCGGCAAGGCCGCCAAUCAAGCAGCGGCUGCAGCAGCAGCGGCAGCGGCAGCAGCGGCCGUCUCGAACAACGCCCUCGGACCCCUGCCCCACGGCUGGGAGCAGGCCAGGACGCCCGAGGGCGAGAUCUACUUCAUCAAUCAUCAGGAGCGCACCACCUCGUGGUUCGACCCGAGGAUACCGUCGCACCUUCAGCGCGCGCCGACCUCUGGCGCCAUGUUGCCGCAGACCUGGCAGAUCCAGCAGCAGCAGCAGCAGCAGGUGCCCAGCGCCGCCAGCGUCCAGAACAACCAGACGGUGCAGGCCUGCCAGCAGAAGAUGCGCCUGCACUCGCUGCAGAUGGAGCGCGAGCGACUCAAGCAGAGACAGCAGGAAAUCAUGCGACAGCAAGAGCGAAUGCUGCUGCAGAGCACGACGGACGCCGCGAUGGAUCCGUUCCUGUCGGGCAUCAACGAGCAGCACGCCCGACAGGAGAGCGCCGACAGCGGUCUGGGUCUGGGAUCGGCUUACUCCCUGCCCCACACGCCCGAAGACUUUUUGGCCAACAUCGAUGAUAACAUGGACGUCACGAGCGAAGGAACCCCCAUGGAGACGCCCGACGGCAUGUCGCUAGGUGACAACAUCGACAACACCGACGAUCUCGUGCCGUCCCUCCAGCUCGGCGAGGAUUUCAGCAGCGACAUCCUCGAGGACGUGCAGUCUCUGAUAAAUCCAGUCGGCAACACCACCAAACCAGAGAACAUACUUACGUGGCUCUAGUGCGUCGUCUCGUCCUCCACAUCGGCGCGUCGACGUUCGACGAGAUGCCACUAGCUGCUGCUGGUGUACGGCCUUACGUUUAUUUAUUUAUAUCAAAAUUGACGACUCUAUGAUCGGGGAAGUCAAUGAAAACAGAAGAAAAAAAACUCCCUACGGGACAAAGAAGUGCAUAGGAUUUCGACGAAUUUUUAAACCCCGCAAAGUCCGUCAAAUUGUGUUUGAUACUUUCGACGUAUGUUGUGUGCGUAAAUGGAUCAUGUGUGUAAAUAUAUCUCUCUUUCUUUCUCUAUCUCCUUCGAUUGCCGUUUGCCAGAGAUAGAUGGAUAUCGCGGGCGGCAGCACUUUUACGCGGAGAACGAAAAAAAAUUUUUUUUGAUUAUCAGCAAUCAAUCAUUGUUGUCUAGGACUUGUGUAGAUUUAAUUUUAAAAGGAUAAUAGGUCAAAGUAGUUAAGAAUUGAAAUGAAUAUAUAUAUUAUGAGUGACGUUCCUGUCCAUCCACGGUGUUAACAUUCAUCUUGCGUUGAAUUUAUAAUAUCUCUUAACAUUUCUGGUGCCAUGAUCUAUUGAAUUGAUCGUAAGAAUUUUAUCGUAACGUUUAACGAAUCAAUCCUUAUUAUUUUUUUUUUCAUUUUAUAAUUAUUUGAAAUCAUUUCAAAUAUGUAACGCACAACAAAUUAAUUUUUAUUUUUUAUCCACUGAUUACGAAGACGAUGAAAUUCGUCGGUCUUUUUUUAUUAAAUUUAAAUGGUUUUUAUUUUUGACAAAAGGACAGAAGCGUUGAGACACAAAGCAUUUUUAGCAAUAAAACGAUGUUUAAUUAUAAACAUUUUAAUUAAGCAAAUUUUGUACAGAAUUUAAUAUUUACGAGAAAAAAAACAAUUGCGAUAACGAAGGUGCUAAGGAAAUUUUGAAUUAUAUUUGUUAAUAAACAGUGCCUUGCAAUCGAUUUUACAAUCCCCAGCGAUAGGGUUAUAUCGCUUUUUUAAGGUAAAGAAUACCGUCCAUAUCAAUUUGUUAAUAUGAUCAAUCAUCAAUUGUUGAAAAAGCAUAUAAUCAUGUUUUAGACGAACUUUUUUUAAUAUUUGAAUUGUCAGUAUGAACGCAAUAAAAAAAGGUGUAUAAAUAUAUAUGUAGGCAUGUAUGCAUAUAUUUUUUAUCCGAGAAAAAAGUCUAUAAUUGUUAUGGAUUUUCAGUCUUUGAAAUUUAAUACAUAUAUUGAAAAAUGAAAGAGGAAACAUUGUCAACAUUUUUUAGCAUAUAAGAUUUUCUUAAGUCUUACCUAAUGUAAUGCAUUAAUCGCAUGAAAAUACGACAAAAAAAUUAUUCAAAAGCAAUUAUCGAAAGUUUUAAAUAUCAUCUUACUUUUUAGAGUUAAGAAUUUUUUUUCUUUCAAUUUAAUUCAUACGAAGAAAAACUGUAUUAAUUUGGCGUAUGGACUGUUCGUUUUCCUUCAUGUAUUAUUGUCGAUAAAUUUAAUAUUACACCUAUACAUGUAAUUAAGUUUAUGUGGCAGCUUAGUACGUAUUUUAUACGAUCUCGAGAGAAAUCUGAGCUAGUAACAAGGUUGCUUUUCUAAAUAUGUUUUGUACAUUACGAAAAACUUGUUACGAUUAUGAUAUUUUACCAGUUUUAUCGAAAAUUCAUUAAUUAUCCAGUCAUUUCUCUCAGAUCUUGAACAUAUAUUUAUAAAUAUACGAGUGUUGGAAUUAACUACAGUCUAAGGUAUUGUAACGAAAUAUACAUAAAUACAUAUAUAUCAAGCAGUCGUUUGUUAAGGGUAUAAAAAGUUAUAUUUUUUGAGCGAGUGAGCGAUCUCUCGACUUUUCCAUCGUCUUUGGAAAAGCCGCAGAGUCGGCCGAUUGAUGGUAUCGUCAAAACAACUCACAGUUUUUACUGCAGUCAAGCUUUUUUCAAGCAUUUGUACGUCGAAUGACUUGUUUAAAGAAGCGUAAAAAAAAUAAUGUUGUCAUUUAAUGGGGCAGUUGCUUUUUGUAUUGUGCAUAAGUGUUAAAAAGAGACUUGAUAUUUAAAAUCGUUAUCUUAUGAUUUCUUUGCAAUAAGUAACGAAGCGAAUGUGGGUUGAUGCCCUACGUUCGUCUUCUGUAAAUUAUCGAUCGAUGCGAAUGAUCGUGCAAAAGUUAUUGAUAUGACUCAAUUUUGCGUUCAUUAAAUCUCUUUUAUAGCAAGUCGAAAAAAUUAUGUUAUGUACAUAAAAAAUCUCAGCGUUGCUAAGUAACUUAAAUAUUGUUUUAUAAAUAUGUGCCAGAAUUAAUGAAAGUGAAGUAUCGAACAUCCUUGUGCUAUUUUUGAUUGGUGAUUUAUGUAUGAAUACAUAUGAAAUAGUAGCGAUUCUUUUCAUUCACGCAAAUCGAUAUUUUCAGGGGUUCAUAUUUUUUACGAUUUCAGAAUACGUAUGAUUUCUACAUUUUUCUCUUUUAGUCUUUAAUGAUAUUUCUUAGUUGUAAUAUCUAUUUUGCUUGAAACUGAAAUGAACAUUCAGGUUUUGCCGAGGAGAGUUUGUAUUUUCUUUUUUUUUUUCGUCUGUUCAGCUGCAAAUUGAUCAGUUUGUGUAAUGAAUUCGUCAUGAUUUUAUGUUGUCGUGAAUUCUUACCAAACGUUUUUAGUUCUUUUUUUCUCCAAUGAAUGCAAACACAGCGUUAAAUGAACUUUUUUAAAAGCUUUCGUGAUCGCGUGCAACAGAGAGGUGCCUUUACGAAAAAUUCGAAUGCCUUAAUUGUUUAUCGCCACAUGAGUGUACCGAUGCGAUAUUUUUUUUUAUUUUUUUACAUCAGUAUUUAAAUAUUAUUCUCAUUGGCGAUGUUUGACGUUUACACAUUUUUAUAUAGGUAACAAGUGCCUUAGAAUUAAAAUAAAUAUAACAGUAAAUAUAAUGUUUACUUACUCAGUGAAAUUGUGUAAUUUUGUGCUACCUUUUUUAAUAACUACAUCCUUGUAAUUAACCUUACCACAAAAAUUUCCCUAAAGUCUGCUCGAAAUCUUGAAAUACAUUCAGAUUCAGAGUGAAAAUAACAUGUUUGUUUUUAUGAAUUAUAUUUGAAAAUAUUUUUUAUGAUAUUACAAAUCACUUUGUGAAUACUGCUCUGUUAUAAGGGUAAGGGUUUGAGUAAUUUUUUAUUAAAGUCAAGAUGGAAAUGGGCAUUUUCAAAAGAUAUUACUGUACAAAGUCGAAUCACUAUUUUUUAAAGAUAAUCUCAUAAGACAUUAGCUAAAAAUUCAAUAAAAAUCUAAGCUUUUAUUUUGCAUUUAAACUUCUAAAUAAUUUCGUAUUUUCACAUAUUUUUGAAUCAGGCGCCGUUGCGUCACAAGUCCAAAUUAUAUCAUCCACGCUUACGCCGUUACCGUUAACUUACCAUUUCUUACCAUACUCUACUUUACCAUUGCUACCAUCUGAUGUCUAAUGUGUUACUCUUUUAUCGGUAAUAUUUAAACUAAUUAUAAAUAAACAACGAUACUGUAUAACGAUACCAGAUGAGACAAGCUAUUCAAACAUAAAAAUUAUUGAUAAAAAUUUUUACAAAAAAACCGACAUGAAAGGCAUUUUGCUGAAAAAGUGUCCCCGAUCACAAAUCCGUUAAUCCCCAGUAAACAAACCUAGCCGGGAAUUCUCAUUUGACGACACUUGUCUACUGCACCCACAUAUUAUAUAAAAAUAAAAUCACAAACAUUAAUAUAAAUAAUUAAAAUCAAAACUUGCAGAUCGACAUGGGCAUUCGCAAUGUUUUAUUUGGAUAGUUUAUCUUAUGUCAAUUAGGUACGGAUCUUCAAUAAUAAUUUAUGAUAAACAAAUUGAGCAAAUUAUUUUUGUAUGCCUUAGCGUAACCUUUGUAAUCAUUCGCGCGUCGCAAUCGAUAAUGGUGUUACAUUGUCACGGGUUGCGUUUUUAAAUAAAUCCUAUGAAAACGAGAUGCAUUUGUUUUUUUGGAUAGUAUAGGAAGUCAAAAAUUUUAAUUACAAACGUGUAGAAUAACUACAUUGACCGACCAUGAUCCAUAGUAGAAGUGUGCGAUAACUCGAAAAAACUCGACGAGUUUCCUUUUAAAUACUCGAUUAAAAAAAAGAAAAAACUCAUUGGAGGAUCUAUGCCCGAGUUAUGUAUAAAAGCAGUC